GUGCGUUUUAGAAGUGGUUCUGUGCGGGUCACGUGUCGCGCUGCGUGGUGGUGAGCCCAGCUCGAUCCACGAUUUACACCGCUAUCCGCUCUUGCGCACGCCCACCAUCCAUGAUCACGACUAUCGCAUCGCUGUGCGGCUUGAUUUCAUCACCUCUCCCGCCCGUGCACACCCCGAAGUCCUUGAGCUGAUCAAGUCUUUCCGUUGCAGCCAUCAUGUCUGCAGAAGUCGAGAUGGCCACCGGAGCUGACGUGGACGUGCCCCAAGCGGUAGGGGUGGAGAAGACGGAUGAAGCAGCUUCCAACCCUCUCGCCGCCAACCGAACCAUCUUCAUCUCAAACCUCAAUCAAAAGAUUAAGUUGGAUGUACUGAAAGAGUCACUCAAAGGUCUUUUCUCUUCCUACGGGGACGUGCUCUCCGUCACAGCGCACAAAAACGUGCGCAUGAAAGGACAGGCCUUUGUAGCGUUUGCAGAUUCGCAAGCCGCCGAGAAAGCUGUCGGAGAAGUCAAAGGUUUCCCAUUGUAUGGUAUGCCCAUGCAACUUGAAUUUGCGAAGACGCGAUCGGACGAAGUCGUGAAGCAAGAUGUGGGUGGUGAAGGGACAGAAGCCUUCGAGGAGCACAAGAGGCAAAGGUUGGAGCACAAGAAGAGGCAGAGAAGGGGAAACGCCAUGCGUCGCAAAGAAUUGGCCAAAAAGAUAGCUGCAAAGAGAGGCGAGGCAGUGGAUACCAAUGCAGCUCAACCUGCCAAGCGCCAAGAGGUGCAAAUGCCAGACGAGUACCUUCCCCCAAACAAGAUCUUGUUCCUGCAGAACGUCCCUUCCAGCGUUUCCAGAGACAACCUCGAGGUCCUCUUCCAACCCUUUGCUGGAUUCACAGACGUCAGACUUAUUCCUGGCAGACCUGUCGCUUUCGCAGAGUUCAUCGAUCCCAAUGCAGCUUCCAUCGCCAGGGACGCUCUCAAUGGGCACACGUUCGAGAAUGGAGACAAGCUCAAAGUCACCUUUGCAAGGUAGACGCGGUCUAAAUCUCGCGCCUCACAUCCUGUUCAGAAAAGCUCAACAUGGUAUUUCUUGCAGUGAGCAACUUCGUAAUGUAACAAUAGCGCUAUCUCGGUUCGGUC